GAUGCGUCCCUAUCCGGCUAUUUUAAAGUGUCUCGAACCUCCCGUUCUCCUUUGCUCCUCAUUUCCUCUUGGGUAUCCCUCAGUCUAGAUCUCCACCUCAUCUUCAGCGCAUCCACGUGCCUGUGGUUAAACGUCAAAAUCAAAUUUCAAACCAAUCGCCCGGGCUAAAUACGCGCUAAAUCAAAAGUGAAUAAAUUUUAGUGUCAUCCAAUUGUUGGAACAUCUUCAUUGUUGACAUGCAGAAACGCCUCUUCUUCGCGAGCCGGGGCGUCAGUUGAGCAUGGAGUUUAUUUAUAAACUCAUCGUCAGGAUAGACUCAGCAUCAACGAUUUAAAUCGUUUAAUCCAGAUUUGUAGAGCUUAAGCUCUUAAUUCAUGAUUUUGAGCUCAACAGCGAAGAUAGUCCCCAAAUUUCGCCGAAAAAAUCCGGAGUUAAAUCCUCCAAGUCGAUGAAUCCCAGGAAAAAUAGUCUGCAAUAAAAAAAAAGUGGAAAAUGUUUGACACCGAUCAAGGAUGUUUAUUAAAAAUUGCAAGUAUUCAUUAAAAAAUUUAUCACUUUAAAACUGACAGACGGAGCUAUUCCCGUUAUUCUCAUAAGAAAAUUUAAUCCAUUGAUCCACGUUUAUUAUUUAGAAUGAAAGUGGACAAGGAACAACAAACGUAUGCACUAACAUGCGCUUAUAUGCAAUAGAAUUUAUAAAAUAUUUUCCUUUUUUGUUAUAUAUAUAUUUUUUUCUUUAUUCUUCUGUGCCCCUUCGAUUCACUAUCAUUUUGCACUGUAUUUCUUAUUUUUAUUUACAUCAUUGAUGUGUAUAAUAGAUGAAUUAUCAAUUUAAACUUUAAUUGUUAAAUAAUUGUUAAAUUAUUUCUGCCGGCAGUGUCGCGAUUAAUUUUUUCGAAAACACAGAUUAGAUCUGUAUAUUUCGAUAUCAGGUGAAAAGAUAAUAGAAUUUUUCUUGAAGAUGAAAAAAUCGGAUUAGCUGAAAAAUUGGUAAACAUCCUUAAAAUCGCUGCCACCACUUGGUACCCAGGAUGUUCAGUUCAUUGCGCCUGGGGACGAUGCGUUCUCGUGACAAGAGUCGCGCACGUCCUGGAAGUGUUGCAACAAAUGCAAGUUCUGAGGACAAUCCCCACACUUCCCACUACGGAUCGCAAAAGUUCCUGGUGCUGGAUGACAUAGAGGGUCAGCCCUCUGGAGUUUCAUCGAAAGUUGCUCAAGUUCGAGUGGAAAGAGAGGGUGGAAAUCUUGGAGUGACCCUGAGAGGUGGAGUUGCGAGGGCAUUAGUUGUCACUGGAGUGAAGUCCGACGGUCCAGCCGCAAAAGAAGGCAGAGUGAGACCUGGGGAUCGACUUCUGGCAGUAGACGAUACGGAAUUGAGAGGUCUGAGUCUUGCGGAGGCCCAAAGAGCCCUGAGGAGGAGCUCCGAUGCACCUGUAGCCUCUCUCACUAUUGAAUACGACGUAGCCAACAUGGAAGAGGCCAGGGCGGCCACUUCGGGGCCUCUCCUGGUCCAGCUGGAGCGAGGAUUAUCCGGGGAGUUGGGACUAACAGUACGUGAAACACCAAGUGGUGUAUACAUAGAGAGCUUGAGGCCAGCGAGUACAGCAGAUCGUUGUGGUGCACUGCAACCAGGGGAUCGUCUUCUCGCGGUUGAUGACACACCAGUGCACGAUGCAGUUACAGCUGCCAAAUUGCUGAGAAAUGUCGCUGAUAAUUGCAGAAUAGCCAGACUCCAGAUACUACCGAGACCACCAAGCACAUCAUCCAGGACUGUGAAGAGGAGGGCACAGCCUCAGACAGCUAAUCAGACACUUUAUGCUAAGGAGAGUCUCACAAUUCUGCUGAGACCUGAUCACAGGGGCCUCGGGUUGGCCCUCCGAGUUGCCGAUGAUGGGAUUAAUUAUGUCGUCGAUCUGUUGGAGGCUGGGGGACCUGCGGAGAGGAGUGGAGUUUUGCUUCCUGGGGAUCAGAUAAUUGCUAUCAACCGGAGGAUAUUGAGGGAUCUCCAGGCUGCUGAGGUCGCUGCUAUCCUGGAAUCCUCUCAGGAAUGUGUGGAACUCUCAUUAAACUGGCUAGGUAUCAAUCGACACUUCAGGGAAGGCUCCUGCUUCUCUGAGGUCGAGCUAGUAACGGAGUACAAAGUGGGUGGAUCAGUGGUCCCCAGCUCGGGGGUUUUUACAGUUAGAGUGGCAAGACCUCUCGGAGGACAGCCAGAUCUGGGUUUGACUGUCAACGAGGACCUGGUGAUAGCAGAGGUGAGGAGAGGUUCCUUGGCUUACAGAACGGGCAGCCUGUCCCCCGGUGAUCGUCUGCUGGCAAUCGACGGUCAGAAACUGGACCCUGGAGAUCUGCGACAAGCUGCUCAGCUUCUCCAUCGUCCUGGGAGCUCUGUUGUUGCUCUGACUGUGCGAAAACCCGACAGCUGCAGCGACCAGAGGGACGGAAGUAUGUCAGGAAGUGUGUCGGGAAGUGUCGCGGGGGAUCCUAUAAGCCCCCAGUAUCCUUCAGGCAUCCUCAGAUCUGCCAGGGAGAGUUUACCCAGCGUCGACAGUGCGGUGGACUCCUGGGGAGAACUGGGAGAGGUCAGUGCACCUGACAUUAUCAGACUCUGGGACACUGCCUCCAUCGACAGUGGACAACUGGAUCUUCCCAUGUCACCGUAUCCAGGAUCUCAGGAACGUCCUGGUAGUGACAACAGACCCCAGCAAAUCGUCCACAUAUCCCUCCACAAAGACCCAGUGUACGAGGACUUUGGUUUCUCAGUCUCAGAUGGUUUGUACGAGCGUGGGGUUUAUAUAAAUCGUCUACGACCCGGGGGGCCUUGUGAUGGUGUUUUGAAACCAUACGACAGAAUUCUCCGCGUCAACGACACGAGCACUGAGGACUGCGAUUGCUGUCUGGCUGUUCCUUUGAUCGCAGCAGCUGGUGCCAGACUCGAUCUCACUGUCGCUCGACCCCUUUCCCCCCAAAAUGUCACCAAAAAUUUGUAAUUUCACUCCUCAUUGCCUCAGAAUAACUGAAGGGCUUCAACAGCACUUCAUUAGUAUUAACUAGUCAAUGGAUAUUGUGGAUUGAUUGAUGUUGAAUAAUACUUUAUUCGGGCGUGAUUUCAUCCAGCCCUUCGUCUCUUCCUUAUUUUUUUACGUAUACCUCUUUUUAUUUAUACAAAAAUAAAUGUUACUAUUAGAUCAA